UGGUGGAAACCCCCACCCCCUCCCCCCCCCCACUUAACAAAUACUCGGGAAGCCUGGUUCGACUGAUGAGUUUUUACAUUAUCUUUGUGUGUUUGUGUUCAGGUACCUUAAAGGAAAUAAGCUUAAUGGAUCAAUCCCCACAUGGCUCGCUGGUUCAAAAACCUUACAUGCGGACAUCUCAGAAAAUAAUUUUACAAGCGUAUCCAUACAACCAGAAGGCAUAGCCCCAAAUGUGAACUCUUUUGCAUGCUGUGCUGAAACAGCAAAUCUAUGAUCACUUGUAUAUAAACUGUGGCGGUGAGGGGGUGCUAAUUAAUGGAGUUCAUUAUCAAGCUGAUACACAACCUGAUGGAGGAUCAACGUUCUUUUUAAGUGAUGAUACAAGUUGGGGUUACAGUAGUGAAGGGAUUUUUAUGGACACAGGCCAUGAACAGUACAUUCUGAAAAAAUCAUGUGGAAUUCCCAGUGAUUAUGCACCUCUAUAUAAGACAGCUCGUGUUUCACCUAUCUCCCUGAAGUAUUAUGGUUUUUGUAUGAAAAAUGACAAAUACAUAGUGAAACUUCACUUUGCAGAGAUUAUGUAUGGAGAAAAUAAAGAUCCUAGUAGCAAGGGGAAGCGUUUGUUUGAUGUGGCAAUUCAGGGCAAGAAGGUAUUUGAAAGUUUCAAUAUUAGAGAAUCUGCUAUGGGUGUGAAUAAAAAUGUAACUUUGGACUUCAUUGCUACUGUGAGGAACCAUCGACUGGAGAUCCACUUGUAUUGGACUGGCAAGGGCUCAAUUCGUACUCCAACGGAAUAUUGUGGUCCUCUUAUAUCUGCUAUUUCUGUUUUUCCUGUUCCUAGAAAACCCAGGACAAAAUUAUCCCCAAUGAUUAUUGCUGCUCUCAUAGGAUCUGCAUUGCUUCUCCCACUAUUAAUUUUAGUUUUCAUGCGUAAACAAGGCUUUCUUGGUGGAAAAGAUUUGCAUAGCAAAGAACUAAAAGGUCUUGAACUACAACCAGGAGUUUCUUUGAACUUCCGGCAAAUAAAAGCUGCCACCCAGAACUUCAAUCCUGUGAACAAGAUUGGUGAAGGAGGUUUUGGAUCUGUAUAUAAGGGUGUACUUCCAAAUGGGACGGCAAUAGCAGUCAAACAACUGUCAUCAAAAUCAAAGCAAGGCACUCGUGAGUUUGUAAAUGAAGUGGGAACUAUUUUUGCAUUGCAACAUCCAAAUCUUGUUAAGCUAUUGGGUUGUUGCGCAGAAGAUAACCAACUCUUGCUCGUCUAUGAGUACAUGGAAAAUAAUUCCCUUGCACGUGUUAUUUGGUAAGUAUAAUAAGGUUCAGAGGAGCUAAGGUUGAAACUCAACUGGCCAAUUAGGUUCAAAAUCUGCCUUGGUAUAGCUAAGGGACUGGCUUUUCUCCAUGAAGAAUCUAAGCUGAAGGUUGUCCAUAGAGAUAUCAAACCCACAAAUGUGCUGCUUGACAAGGAUCUCAAUGCAAAAAUAUCAGACUUUGGACUUGCUAAACUCUAUGAAGCAGAGAAGACACAUGUUAUCACUAGAAUUGCUGGAACGACAGGAUACAUGGCUCCAGAGUAUGCCAUGUGGGGCUAUUUAACAAAUAAAACAGAUGUUUACAGCUUCGGAGUGGUUGCACUUGAGGUUAUGAGUGGGAGGAAUAGCACCAGUUACAGGCCAAACGAUGAGAGUGUCUAUCUACUUGAUUUGGCUUAUGUUUUGCAAGAAAAGGGUGAACUAUUGUCGCUAGUUGAUCCAGUCUUGGGGUAUGAUUACUCAGUGAAACAAGCAAUGAUCAUCUUAGACCUGGCAAUGCUGUGCACUAAUCCAUCCCCUACACUGAGGCCAACCAUGUCUGAAGUGGUAAAAGUUCUUGAAGGCCAAAGCAAGAUAAUUAACGCUCCUUCAUUCCGAGUUCGAUGCUUCGACUGAUGAUUUUGCAAUGGCUAAGGCUGUAUCUAGCCUCACUCCCCGCAUUGGAUCCGGCAACAAUUCUACAUGAAAGACAUCAAAUGCUGUCACUUAUGAUGUUGUGAGCAGAGAUGGAGAUGAGUACGGAAUUUAUGAAGAUUGUUCUUCAGGGAUGUUAGAGAAGACAGAUAGACUGGUUAAGUUAUCGUCUUAGUCUCCAAGGUUGUCAGGCUCGUGGUGUUUGAACUACUGCACUUGCCAGCUUCAUUGUGAGAUCGCUGUUGUUGGCUUGCUUUAAUAUGUAUUUCCAUUUCCUGGAUUUUCUUAAUGUGUAUUCACAUGGUUGCUGAAAUAAAAACCAAACAAAAAAUGCAGCUGUUGUUGAAGAAUCGAGUAGAAGUGAAGUCCUCUAAACU